AUGUCCGCUGAGCAGCCGACCGAGGGAGCGCAGCCUGCAAUUCAGCUCGACUCCCUCUUUACCGUCCCUGCUCCAAUCAAACGUCUCUUCGACAAGUUCCCUCUGACCACAUAUCCCGCAAACGACAUUCCGCAACGUUCUCCGUCCCGACGACACAUUACCCAACUGUUCAUCUUCAGUGAUCCCGUGAAUGCGCAUCGAGGUCGCCCCUCUCACAAUCCGCUAUGUCUUAAGUGGCAGGCGUACCUGAAAUUUGUCGGCAUCGACUUCGAACUCACACCCUCCACUAACCAUGCGUCGCCAACCGGAGCCUUACCUUUUCUUCUUCCCGCAGCUUCUGGGGCAAGCACCCCAGAUGUGAUUCCUUCGAGCCAUAUUCAAAAAUGGGCCAUUGAACAGGUUCAUUGUGAGGAGGAACAACAACUAAAUCUCCGCUUCGCAGUCUACGCCUCUCUUAUCGACCACCGCAUACGCAACGCUUGGUUGUACAUGCUUUACCUAGACAGUGACAACUUCGAGGCUGUAGCCCGCCGACUCUACGUGGUUCCUUCUACAACAAACUACCUCGUUCGAACUGUAUUGGGACUCGACCUCCAGAAAGCCGCGCGAGGCGAACUCCUAAAAACAUCACGAUACAUUGAUGUGGCCGAUCUAGAGGCCGAUGCAGGGAACGCAUUCGAGGCCUUAUCCUCUCUCCUCGGCGAGGACGACCACUUCUUCGGCCGGCCAAAUCCCGGCCUCUUCGACGCCAGCUUAUUUGCCUACACACAUCUAAUCCUCGACGAUGGGAUGGGGUGGAAGCAGAACCGCCUGGCACAACUGCUCCGAGAGCACAAAAACCUUGUACAACACCGGGAACGACUCCUACGGUUCUUCUAG